CGCGUGCGUGGACGCAGCCCUGCCUACCGGUGACGUCCCCUCUCUCUUUCUCUGUCACUGUUCUCGGGAGGCGAAGGCGGGGAGAGCUCCCGUUUUCUCUCGUCUCCUUCUUCUUUCUCUGAAAAUAAAUGGUAUGUUUGCGGCCCGGCGGAGACGUAUCUGAGACCUUUCCAUUUACCGCUGCAGCACUUUUAACCAAAUCAAACGAGAGGAGCCAAGGGCGGAAGAGCCAACCGGAGGACUCGCUCACGGGGAGGCUGCGCGUCCGCCUGCUUCCUUUAGGACAUUGAUUUAUUUACCCGGGCCCUGAACGUCUCCCGGCGUCCACAAAUGCUGCCUCAGCCGGUGCCCGGUUCCUUUUAACUGACUGUGUCUUUGUGGAGCGGCACCCAGAAUUAUUCAGCAAGCUAACAGGAAAGCAGAAAGUCGCCGUUUUUUUUGUUUUUUUUUCUGAAGUCAGACCGCGGUGGUCACAGGGACGCAGAGUCCUCGCCUCUGUUUCCUCUUAUCAGCCCCUAUCGGCUGCUCCCCUGGCCGUUUUCCUCCUCUCUCAGCAGAAGGCGAUGCAGGUGGAGGCAAACCGGGGACCACGGGGGCUGUUUUGUUAACUAUCCAGCAGCGUGUCCAUAGAGAUGAUAGGAUAGCGUCUGGGAGGGGAUUUGGGGGAAAGUGAAGAGCUGAGUGGGGGUUUCAGAUGAGGCAGAUGCAGCAGACGGACAUGAAGUGGAUGUAGCCAACCAGUUUGUUUGUGGUUGUUUUUUAACGCGUCAGUUUAAGCUGGAUCACUGUCCUGGUGAUCUGUGCUGCCUUCGCGGACUGUGACAAUGAGGAUUUUAUGAGAAGUGAAGCUGUUUUUCCCCUCUCCUACAUCCAGCCAGCCUGAUCUGGGGUGGCGUUUUUCUCACCCAGUGUGAACACAACCCCGACUUUUAUUUUUCUCCUGGACGGCGAAGCUCACUCAGGGACAAAAACAUGUCUUUACGCACAGCACUGCCUGGGAACGAGCGGAACCCGGACCAUCAUGCCUCCCUGUCGGCCAGCCGCUCGGAGAAGGGGACGGGCUGGUCAAGCCGCUCGCUUGGUGCCAGAUGUCGCAACUCCAUCGCCUUGUGUUCAGAUGAACAGCCACACAUCGGAAACUACCGACUGCUCAAAACCAUCGGCAAAGGCAACUUUGCCAAGGUUAAACUGGCGCGACACAUAUUAACCGGCAGAGAGGUUGCAAUAAAGAUCAUCGAUAAAACGCAGCUCAACCCGACCAGCCUUCAGAAGGUGUUUCGAGAGGUACGCAUCAUGAAAACGCUGAACCAUCCAAACAUAGUCCAGUUAUUUGAGGUGAUUGAGACAGAAAAGACUCUUUACCUGAUUAUGGAGUACGCUAGUGGAGGCGAAGUGUUCGACUACCUCGUGGCUCACGGCAGGAUGAAGGAGAAAGAGGCCAGAGCCAAGUUCAGACAGAUCGUUUCGGCGGUGCACUACUGUCAUCAGAAGAACAUUGUUCACAGAGACUUGAAGGCGGAGAACCUGCUACUAGACGCCGACUCCAACAUUAAAAUAGCCGACUUUGGCUUCAGUAACGAGUUCAUGGCGGGUAACAAGCUGGACACGUUCUGCGGCUCCCCGCCCUACGCCGCCCCAGAGCUCUUCCAGGGAAAGAAGUAUGACGGUCCAGAGGUGGACAUCUGGAGCCUGGGGGUAAUCCUGUACACGCUUGUCAGUGGGUCUCUGCCUUUUGACGGACAGAACCUAAAGGAGCUGCGGGAGCGUGUUCUGAGAGGGAAAUAUCGCGUGCCCUUCUACAUGUCUACGGACUGCGAGGGAAUCCUGCGCCGCUUCCUGGUCCUCAACCCCACCAAACGCUGCUCGCUGGAGCAAAUAAUGAAAGACAAGUGGAUUAAUAUCGGUUAUGACGGCGAUGAGCUGAAGCCCCACUUAGAGCCUGUGGAGAACUUCAGUGAUACCAGCCGCAUUGAUGUGAUGAUUGGGAUGGGAUUCAACAGAGAAGAGAUCAGAGAUGCGCUGAGCGGUCGAAAGUACAAUGAGAUCACUGCCACGUACCUGCUGCUGGGACGGAAGAGUGAGACGGAGGGCACCGAGUCUCGGUCUAGCAGCAGUUUAAGUCUGGCUCGAAUCCGGCCCGGCACCAUCGCCAACGGAACAAGCAAACACUCCACUUCCUCUUCCUCCUCGGGUGCACAGUCUUCCUCUUCCGGCCAUAAGGCGCAGCGCAGUGCCUCCACGUACCACCGCCAGAGACGGCACUCUGAUUUCUGUGGUCCAGCGGCUCCAGGAUCGACACACCCCAAACGGAGUCCCAGUGGUGUAGCUGAAGGGGCGGGGCUUAGAGAGGAGCGGCUGUCGAUACGAAAGCCGAGCGCCAACACCGCCGGUUCCCGGAGCAUCCCAACCCCCUCCAGUCCCAUGGUGAGCUCUGCUCACAACCCGAAUAAAGCUGAGAUACCUGACCGGCGCAAGGAAGUGAACUCAACCACGAAUAACAUCCCUGCGAGUGCCAUGACUCGAAGGAACACGUACGUGUGCACAGACCGAUCCAGCACUGAUAGACACUCCCUGCUUCAAAACGGCAAGGAAAACAGUUCCUUAUCCCACCGCCUCCCCCCUGCCUCCCCCUCUACCCACAGCAUCGCAGGCGCCUCUGGGACCUCCUCCUCAUCCUCCACGCCUUCCUCCCGUCUGUCCAGGGGAUCCACGGUGAGGAGCACUUUCCACGGAGGGCAGAUUAGAGACCGUCGUCCUCCCUCUCACGCUCCCCCAGCGUCGCCCACGCUGUCCCACGAUGCCAGCCCGCUGCCCCACGCCAGGACCCGGGCCACGACCAACCUGCUCAGCAAACUCACCUCCAAGUUGACUCGCAGGGUCACAGACGAACCUGAGAGAAUCAGCAGAUCUCCGGUCACAAGUCGCCAUCUACCUGGGCAUCAGAAAGCGGCCGAGCCCCGGACCCCCCGAUGCGGCUGGGAUGUGAGGGUGCGGAGCCCCCGUGACCCGGCCGAGUUGGUGCUAGCGUUGCGUGAGGCAGCACAGGGUUAUGGCUGCCAGGUCCACCUGGCCGGGCCUUUCCUCCUGUCCUGCACCCACGGAGCAGCCGGUGCCCGUGUGGCCUUCGAGGCCGAGGUCUGCCAGCUGCCCAGCGGGCUGGGCCAGAGCAGCGGUGUGAGGUUCAAGCGCCUCUGGGGGGCACCGUUAGCCUUUAGAGACAUCGCCACCAAAGUGUCCAAGGAGCUGGAGCUCUGAGGGCGACCGGAGGUGGGGCAGAUUGAGAACACACAGGACAGGUUAAGGAAUGAGGAGGGAUGAAGAGGAGAAGGAAGAGAAGCCUCCUCCUCUUCACCCCUGGGCUCCACCUCAGCUGACGUGGCUAACGAUGCCUCGCCUCCGGCCAAAGACCCUCCUCCUCUGAUGCCACCAGUUACAGCCAGACAAACGGAUACACAGAUGUGGACAGGCCACCACGGCAGACUUAUGAUGACCCUUGACCUUGAAGCUGUCAGUGACCUACGAUCCCUGCUUAACACCACCUCCAUUAAGAAAAUGAGCCCAUGGAGUCAGACUUUUUCUGUUUUCUUAUGAUUUCAUAUUUGAUGAUGAUGAUGAUGGGGACGGUGAGAAUGAUGGAGCGAAUGAUGGAGCUCGAUAAGUUGUUGUUGUUGUUUGUUGACAUUGUUAUUCCUUUUGUAUUUGUCAUCAUUCCUUUUUAAAGAGCUGCUAUUUAAAGAAAUGUUUUAAUUUUUGUCUAUUAAGUUUAUUUUCUUUCUUUAGUGCUUUUAAAACGGGCAGACAUUUGGCAGACGUCACAUAUUUUAGCGGGGGUGUAGUGCGACCUCCGGCCUUCAGAGGGAGACAUGCAGAAAUGCAAGGACGUUAAAGGCGUCGCAGAGUUUCUGCCCAUCCAGUAACAAAAGCAGCGUUUCUGCUUAUAUUCGGGAGUCUGACGCGUUUGCACCUUUUCAGGUAAACUGCUCCUCGGCCCGGCGGGCUGAGACGGGCAAAGCUGAUCGUUCACGCAUUUGUGCUGCUCCUUAACAAACACACAACUUCACCAAAUGUUUGUCCUUUAAAGUGCUACGUUCAGUGUGUUUGCGCUGGAAAAAAUGAGUUUUACUACACAACAAGAUGUCCCUGCAUCCAUGUAAGUUUAGUCCGUUUCUGAGCCAUUUUAUGUUACGUUUCGCUUCACAUUACAGGCCAAUCAGCGCGCAUGAUUGUGACACAAAUACACAGUUUAAACAUCAGUGUGUGGGAGUUUGCAUCAUCUAUCAGCGAGGUCGCACAAAAACAUCCCUGCCACCACCGAAGGCCCUCUCCUGAGCCAGUGUUUGGGUUUCUUUCCUACUGGGGAAACAUGGCAGUGCAAUACUGUGGAAGACCAGCCUUCCCUGAGUGGAUAAAAGUGGCUCAAGCUACGCUUUACAGGUGCUUAUACACUAUAAUUAUGAAUGCCAUUUUCAUUUUCUGCUAAUAGAGCCUCAGAAGUCCUGCACACCGGUGCUUUACAUGAGUAAAGUGUAAGUUUAAUAAAACACAUUUUGGCCCAGGCAAUAAAAAAAAAAAAAAAAUUCAAGAAAACUGUUAAGAUUGGGUUUAACUUAAGUUUUUACUGUUCUGUUUUAAUCCAAUAUGAUAAAAAUAAUAAAUAAAACUAAAUAUUUUUAAAAAUCGACUUCCUUUUUUGCUAGCUCACGCGUGACCUGCUCAGGGUUUGGGUUUACAAAGGUUUUCAGCCAACAGAAGAUGCUAACCUUUCAAAUGAAGUCUUAUACAUUAACUGAGGAGCUACAGUUUUCCUGUUUCCUGCUUUUCCAGUGGGAUGUUCCAACUAUUCAAACUGGAGCACGUUAGCCAAACCCAAACCCUACUGCUAACCACAAACAUGUUGAGCUGGUGGGUGCUGAGCGGUUAAUAGCCCGAUUGAGUUUACUUGCGCCCAUUUUCCAAAAAUGAUGAGUCAUAUUUUUAGGAAAGGCAGUAAUGUGCUCCCCAAGCGUGAUCCCUGUAGCGUCUGCUGGUUUGGAUUUAAAUGGAGGAGCAGGCGGGCAGUUGGUGUGAAAGCACUACGGCCUGUUGCCAUUGCUUUCAUUGAGUGUAGUGCAGUACAGCCAAGAACCAAGACUUGAAUAAGCACUGAUUACGAUUAACAGGGCUCCUUGUUUGCUUUUUUUUUUUUUAAUGUUUUUUUUAAUAUUGCUGGAUUGUUUUUGAAAUUCAAUGAGCACUUUUUUCCUUUUUUAGCCAGUUUUUCACUCUACUGUAACGGCUUUUUUUUUUUAAUCCCAUUUUCUUCUGUCUGUACUGAUAAUUUCUUAAAAUACACGUUUUAUCACACAUUUAAAGCCUGCUACAAAGAAUCCAAAAAACUGAUUCUGAAUGUGUUGUUGAAUGCUCAUAUGGCUUCUUGACUUUUCAUAGUAAAACCAGCUGUGAUGUCAUCAGGUUUCCAGGUAGAUGUGCCACUUGGUUACGGUGACGUUACUGAAACCGAGUUAGAGGAAACUGAGGUACAGAUGAAGUUUUUAACAUUUACAAAGUACCAAAUUUCAAAUCAAACAACUCUGUGUGUGUGUGUGUGUGUGUGUGUGUGUGUGUGUGUGUGUGUGUGUGUGUGUGUGUGUGUGUGUGUGUGUGUGUCAGAUAUUACAGUGCUUUCUGUGCGACAUCUUGACCAAACUGUAGACUUUACUCUCUGUGUACCAAUCAGACUGCAGCGCUGCUGAGAGGUGUAUGACUGUUGACCAAUCAGAUUUAAGUAUCGCUGUACGAGGUUUAUGACUGUUAACCAAUCGGACUCCUGCCUCGUCACAGCUCGCGCCGCGCGCGUGUUGAUGAGGCAGCAGUUUUAAAAUGGGAAUGUGACCUUGAAUGACCUUUGAUCAUUAGUUUUUCUUUUAUAAAAAAAAAUACUUUACUGCUCAUUAAAGAUCAAAGCUACCAAAAUUAUACAAACACACAAAUAGCGGCUCUGCUGAGUGCUGCGCUGAUCACGUGUUGGUCCACGGACACCGAUAACUCCAAAAUGAAAAGGUUGCUGUUCGUCUGUUGUAACUCUUCAAUGAUAAGCAACUCUGACUUGUCUUUUUCAAGUUUGCAGCAUCUGACAGAACAGCGAUGGAAACGCUGGCUGUGAUCCUCACUACAGGAAGUGAUGUUUGAAAAUGUGAAGCUGUGAUUUAGGGCUAGUUUUGCAUUUUGUUCUGUUUUUUCUUUUGUGUAUAACGGAGCCUCACCCCCCACCCCCCCGGGGCCGUUCUGUAGAUGCGGUUAGAGCCGCGCUUUAAGGCUACAUUUCUGUUGUGUGGUGUGUUCAAAGCCGUCGCUGUUAUCAGUAAAACUUAACUUAUGGGCUGAAAUGACAGAAAUGAUCGACCUGCAAUCCUGCAUGUCUCCUUGGAAAUAAUGUGUGACACGACAAUAAAGAGUUUCAACCUCUGA